CUUUAGCCUUCUAUUUGCCUCUCGCUCACUCCUCUGGCUAGCUGCCGGUGAGUUCUAAUAUAUAUCGAUAACAAUUUCAUCGGAAAUCAUUGCCGUGGCGUUUACCCGUUUAAACGGGACUGCCAAAGAUAUCUUCCCCCAAUUUUUUUGGUCUGGAAGUAAUUUAAUACACAAAAAAAUAAAGAAAUAUGAAUGAUCUGAACCUGCGCGUGGCCGCCUUGAAAUUGUGUGCGCAUCCCAAGCGAUUUGCGGAGCUGCGCGACGCCCUCGUUCCGCUGCCCAAGCGAUGGCAUUCGGCUCCCCAGGAAUAUGUGCGUCAGUUUGCGGCGGCCAAGAGCAGUGCGGAGCAGGUCCUGGUGGUCAAGGACAUCUUCUUCAAGGAUCAGCAGCAGGAUCAUGAGGAAGUGGCUCGCUUCCUGGCCGAUCUCCUGCUGGCCAGUCCGCUUAAGCACGCCGUGCGCAACCAGCUGACCAAACUCUUCUCGGACAAUGCCCUGGCCAAACAGGAUGCUAAACGGCUGCAGGGGCACUCGAAGGAGCAGUUGCUGGAGGCACUGCAACAGUCCCUUGCCGAGAUGGCCCAAAGUCUGACGGGGAUCAGUACGGCCGCUCAGAGCCACGAUCGCACCAACGACGUCUUUGUGUCCGCCAAUGCCUGUCUGCAAAACUUUCCCUUCGGACGCAAGGCCCUGGGCCACCAGGUGCACCUUUUUGCACCCCUACUGCCCGCCGCCUUGGAACGCUACUGGGCGGACAUUAGUGAUACUUCGCUGGAACUCUCGCCGACACGUCGCAACGAGCUCUACCUGUACGUGCAGAACGCGCUGCGAUUCCUGGUUAGCCUGCUCUCCGAGUGGAGCGACCAGUUGCACCUAUGCGAUGGCCAAAGGUUGAUAGGCUCGGCUGAUGUGGUGGCUCAAAAAGUGGCUCGCCACGUGGACACACCGUGGGAUGUACGCUCCAUAGCCGGACUGCUGAUCGGUCACCUGGCGCGUUUCUCUGGUAAAUUCAAGGAGUACAUCGCAGAGUGCUCGAGGCCACAGGCGGAACAGGAUCUUCCUGUCCAGACGGCCGCCCUGCUCGUCCUACGGCGCACCGAUUACACGGAUUACGCUCCACAGGCACUGGCUAUUCUGAAGAGGAUCGUGAGCGUGGGCGAGCGCGAGAGCAGUGUGAGCAACCUGCUCGUCUUUCUGUCCAAACACCUGUUCAUCUACUCCAAAUCGCUGGGCGAGUUCCAGGCCCUUCUGUCCGAUGAACAGGAGAUCGUUUAUCAGCAGAUCCUGGCCGAAUUGCAAGUGUUUGCACUGGAGAACAUUUCCAAUGCCACGGACUCGGUGCGCCACAUGAGCAGCGCACUGCUCCGCCAGGUGCUACAGCACGCCCAGGAUGCUGGUCGUGAGGAGCUCUUCCAGGUGGUCUAUCGUCAGUUUGAAGGUCGUGCCGCUCCACUCAGUGCCAGCUGCCUAGCGCUGGAGCAGCUCGUAGCGGUUGCGGGAGUGGGCCGGUGCAUUGACAACUGUCCCUCGCUGUUUGGAGUCAUCUUCCCGCGCUUUCUGGGCUGCGAGGACAGCGUGGAUGCCCUGUUCAAAGCUAUGAUGGUGUCUGCCCACAAGACGCAGCCCCUCGCCGAGUGGCACAGCCUGUGGUUCGGCCAACUUCUGGCGGCGAUUCAAGUGCCGGAGAAGCGGCGAUCGGUCAUCGAACAACUGCUCACACAGGCGGUCCAACUGGAGCCCCAGACACUGGCCCACGUGCUCCUCCGCGACGCUCGGCUGCCACUCAGCAGCAAGCUGGCGGCGAUUCUCAGCGUGAGGCAGCUCAGCGUGAGGCGACAGGAGCUACUGCGGGACCUAAGGCAGGAUGUGGACCAGGCCUUGCUCGGACUAGACGAUCACACGCGCCUCUUGGCGCUGCGCUUCGUGGUGGAGACGCCGCGUUCCAGCGAACACUUGACCACGGCCGAGGCGGAGGCCAUUAGUCUGUAUCUGCGCCACAAUGCCAACAAUCCGAGCGCUCAUCUGCGUCAGCUGGGCUACGGCCUGCUGCAGAAGGCUUUGAGGAGGAUCCAUCUCGGUCUGGCCGAGCACCAGAAGCGUCCCACACCGGCGGGCGUGGAGCUGCUCAGCCUGCUGAUCCGCCUAACCGGCGAUCUCUCGCGCAAUCUGUUUCCCACAGCUAAUUACGGGCGACGCUGGUUGUCGCUGCACUUGCUCCGCGAUUGCGUGGAGCUAAGUCGCAAGUUGAAGCUGAAAAUCGGCGAGGAGCAACUGCCUGCGGAAGCACUGCCGAAUCUAGAGCACUGCCUGGCCGACAGCUAUGAGCAGAACAAAGUACUGGCCGCCCAGCUGCUGGAGACGCUUCAAUCCCGUUCCCGCUUUCAGCCGGAUGAGAUAAUCGGGCUGCUGCUAUCGCUGAGACCACCGGAUUCGGCCACCGGAGCCUUCCAAUUACAGGUCUACUGUCGAGCCAAGGAGGUGGAACAUGACUUGCCAAUGCCAAUGAAAGCGGAAGGAUCUACGCAUGAGCCAAGGACCUACAGGGCACUGCAGUGGUGCCUGGAUCAUCUGAGGGAGGGUCUAUGCCUCGCUCAACGAGACCUUGCCGAGGCAGCCAAGCUGAACCCCUUGUACGGAUUGCUUUUUGCCAGCCGGCAUCUGCUCCAGCAACUCAAUCUCAAGCAACUGGCAAAGGAACACUCGUGGAAGCGGUACAUUGAGGAGCUGGUGACCACUUGCCUGGAAGUCAGCCGAGUAGUGCUGCCUGUGGUCAGUAGCGCCUCGCCCGAGGGCCACUUGCCCAUCACCCGCGACCAGGAGACGGACCAGCCGCUGACCAACGUGCUCAGCCGCCGUCUGCCCAGUGAGGCACUGCAGCAGGUGCGAACCACGCCCCAGAUGGUGCUCCUCUGUGCCUGGCGCAGCAUUAAGGAGGUGUGCCUGACCUUGGGCGAGCUGGUUCAGUGGGCGCCACUGGAAGAGGAGCAGCAGGAGCAGGGUGACUUCUUGCUUAGCAGUGGCCAGCUGGAGACCAUUGGGGAGCAGUUCCUUCUUCUGCUGGCAGAGACCAAGCAUCGCGGCGCCUUCGAGCAGGCCUAUGUGGGAUUCACGAUGUUGUGUCGGCGCUUCUGGCACAGCGAUUCAGUGCGUCUCAACCAGCUGCCCGGCCAGUGGGUGAGCGAGGCUAUGGCGAUGGUCAGCGGUGAGGAGGUUCGUAAAGGGGCCCGUCUGUGCUCCACGCGCCGCAGUGCUGGUAUGCCUUUCAUGCUGCAGGCGCUGAUCUGCACGGAACUCAAGCUGGGCACCCAUGCCACCCUCCACCGCUGCAUGCACCGGUUGCUCGAGGUGUGCGAGCGAAGGUCAGCCGGAUCGGCCGGUAUCACCGCCCGCAGCCACGCCCUCAACAUCCUGCGCGCCCUUUUCCGCUGCAGCGAACUGGCCGAACUGGUCACCGAGUUCAUGGCCCGGGGUAUCCAGUGCGCCCUGGAAGGCCUGCUCCUCGCCGAGGAGUGGGCGGAGCGUAACUGCGCCACCCUGCUGCUCGCCGCCCUGGUCGUCCGCGUCUUUGGAGUGGAGCGGGCACGCCUGGAGACUGGUGAACUUCAUGUGCGUAACCGGAUGACAGGACGAAUCUUCUUCACACGGUAUCCGCAGCUCUUUGACUACUUCCACGCCGCCCUGCAGCGAGAGUCGGAUCGGAUGGACUCGACCGAGGGAGCCAGCGAUGCGGAGAACGGAGGCGGAAAGCGUCGACAGGCGGUUCAGCUGGAGGCCAUGCUGCUCAUGCUUAGCCGCCUGUAUCCAUCAUCGCUGGAGGGCGCCGAGUCCACGUUGAAUUUGAGCGAGUUCGUGCCCUUCCUAAUAAAGAUCUGCCGCUCCCACGACUUGAUGACGCGUGAAAGAGCUGCUUUGGUGGUGGCCAACUUUGUCAGCCAGGAGCAAGCGCUCGCCGAGAUCAGGCGCCUCGUCGUGGAACUCAAGGCGCUGCAAUUAAAGCUGAAGAAGGAAAAGGAAGUCUUCAUCCUGGACACAAAUCUCUUGCACGGACAAUUACUACUCCUGCUCCAUCUGCACCGCUUGGUUCUCUGGACGAGACCCUCGUUGACGAGAAUGCUGCUGCACACCCUCGCCGCCCUGGCAGCUCCGAUCCUUCAGCGCGACGUGUGUGCGUUCAGUGCGCUGGUAGAUGUGAUGGUGGCUGCUAUGGAGGAUGCCGUCGAUCCUGGGCUUCUGGAUUUCAAGCUUCUACAGGAGAUCGGUUCGGUGUACCUACUGGACCAUAAGGAGGUCCAUAAACGCUGCCAGGAGCAGGGAAUCUCCAUUCGAUUCUACCAGAUGUUUGGCCUGCACCUCCACCGAUUGCGCAGCAUUUCCCAGGGAAUAGUGCUACACAUAAUCGAGGACCUGUCUGAUCCCAUCUGGGCCCUGGACGAGCUGAAGGUGGAGCUGUGGCUGUAUAUCCUGCUACAGAGAUCCAUGGGACAGGAACACUCGCUGGUUAGCGAGCUAGAUAUCGAGCACUUCCAAUUUGCAGGCGACAUACGGCGCUAUUACAAGACACUCAGCCCCGAGCUGCGAGAGGAGAUCGCCCAGGAGCUGUAUCAAUCCCAGGCCAUCCGCUCCUGCGUACUGCAGAUGAUGAAAGCUUCGACCAGCGGAUGUUGGAGCCUCCAGUUGGCCGGAAGGCUAGCUGCCUUGCAACCCCUGCUCCAAGACCCGGGAUUGGAUUUUAAUCGGCUGGUUCACCGAUGCUCAGAGGAGUACUCCAGCCACCAGGAGGCGGGACUGGUGCUGGGCCUGAAACGUUUGAUCGCAGAAAGAAAAACCCUGGAGCGAAAGCACUGGCCAUCGCUGCUAAACUACGCCCUGCGCCUAGUUGAACCCGUCCAGCCGGUCUACCUUCGUCAUCAGGCUGCGGAACUGUGCGACUUGCUAGCUCGCAGCCACUUAAAGGACCAACUGGGCUUGGGAGUCGCAAACGUGGACGUUGAGGUGGUCGGUCGUUUUAUAAAACUGGUGCUGCUCCUGCUACUGGAUGAGGCGGAGUGGGUACGUCACAAGGCUGCCCAGCUGGUGUGCAGUGCAGGUUUUAGGAGCGAGGGCCAACAGGAGCAGGGAUCCAAGGCUAAGGAUAUUUUGCCCAGUGCCCUGACUCCGGAGUUCCUAAAAGUGGUAUUGGCAAAACUGGAGAAUCAGGCCGACAAUCCCGACUUUCUCCUGCGACUCUUCCAUCUCAUCGCUGAGCCUUUCCUGGCCUCUGAAGCGAAGGAUUCCGAGCUGAACAUUGAUGAAGACGGGGAUGUCGAGGUGUUCGACAAGCAGGAGAUCAACCUGUACUGCGAGCCGCUGCUGGUUCUCUGCGAGUUGUCCGCUGCGUUUCGAUCGCAGUUUGGAAAAAGCCAAGAGCUGAUGGCUGCCAUUAAAGGCCUGGGACUUCCUGCGGACUUAGUUCCUAAUUAGGUCUCUGAAAUUAGUCAUCCAUGACAUUUGAUGUUUACAAUUAAAAAAUGUGCUAUAGUUCAUAAAAUGUUCAAUGUUCAAUUGCAUAUAAAUUGAAUCUUUGUUUAAGCUGAUGUAAAAAUUACAUUUUAUGUAUUACACUAUGAUUACUGCCACGUUUUCUAGUUAGGAAAUAUUAUAUUAUGUAGACACAAUUUAUAAAUAAGGAAGGACUGCUUUGAAUUGCAUUUUUAAAUUCAAUUUAAGAAAGUAAAUAAGUAAAUAUCAACUGCCCUUCAUUAUCCCAACAUAGAUUAAAAACCUUCCCCACAGACAACCCAAUCAACUUCAUUGCAAACCCAACAAACGAAAAUAUUAAAAAAACUAUCACCUUCCUUAAAAACAACAAAACACACUCAUAAAAUAUAAAAGCUAAAGCUCAACCACUGUUGGCCAUAAGUAAAAUUAAACAUCUUUGUCCAAACCAUUAAAAUCAAAAAACACUCAUAAAAUAUAAAAGCUAAAGCUCAACCACUGUUAGCCAUCAGUAAAAUUAAAUAUCUUUGU